UGCGCUCCUGCUGGGCGUCGCUGCCUGCUGCACCUCGUCCUCGAUUUCCUUGGGCUACUUCAUCUGGAUGUCUCAGCCCCCCGACUCUGGGCCGCCCCUGCUGGCGCUCGAGGGGUGCCUGAGUGGCGCAGCCUUCCUGCGGUAUGACAGCCUCUCCGGCAAGGCCCGGCCUCGAGGCGCCUGGGCGAAGACGUUGGAGGAGGCGAAGCCUGGGCACUGGGACCAGCAGACCGAAUUGCUGCUCAGGAUAUUGCGAUUUGUAGGACAUCUGAGAGCAGCCAGGAGCUGCUGGGCCUCCAGUGCAGGAUCUCUCGUCUGGCAGGAGAUGUUUGGCUGUGAGCUGAGCAGAGACGGGCACACACAAUAUCAUUGGCACUAUGCUUGUGACGGGGAGGAGAAUCUCACCUUCAACUUGGAGGACCUCACCUGGGCAGCAUAUGGGAGCGCGGCCGAAAUCACCAAGAUGUUGUGGGAGGCCAAGCCCUCCAUUGCUGAAGAGAUCAAGCGCUUCCUGGUGAAGACCUGCAUUGAGCAGCUGAAGAGAUACGGGAGCUACGCGAAUGUGACAGAGCCCCCCGUGGUGACCGUUUCGCGGAAGGUUAAUGAAAGCGUGGAAACCCUCGUCUGCCGCGUCCACGGCUUCUACCCAAGGGAGAUUAACGCCACCUGGAGAAUGAACGGGAUGGUCCAGGAGCACCACACCUUCGCUCAGGUCGCUCCCAAUGCAGACGGGACCUUCUACCACCGGCUCUCCAUCGACAUUGACCCGCAGAAGCGGGACCAGUACCGGUGCCACGUGAACCACAUGGGCCUCCCCGAGACCCUGGCCUGGGAGGAGCCUACAGCCACCAAUACAUGGAUUGUCGUGGUCGUAUCCAUCAUCUUCAUCUUCAUCAUCAUCAUCGCUGUAAGUAUGCUGUGGAUGCUCUAACAACAGUCCUCGAACAACAGCCCUGCGAGGUGGGGUUGGCUGCUUGCCACU